GAUCUGGCAGCACUUUAUUAUUAUUCCAGUAUCUGUAGACGUGUUUAUUUGCGAACUAUUUUUAUUAAAACAAGAAAAUUUCAUUAAAAAAUGCUGGAUAUACCAACUCAUAUGGACUUUGUUGGCCAAUACAAGGCUGAGAAGUAUUCGCGUUUGAUUAUAACAUUAUUCGGUAUUGUUGGUCUGAUUUGGGGUGCCAUCAUACAACAAUUUUCACAAACUGUUUACAUAUUGGGAGCCGGUUUUGUUUUAGCCUCUUUGUUGACCAUACCACCUUGGCCCAUGUUUAGACGUAAUCCUUUAACCUGGCAAAAGCCACGUCCUGAACCUUCCGACAGUGCCAGCGGCCAAGAGGAAAACAAACAGAAGAAGAAAAAAUAACUUGUAUUGAUUUAGCCUUAACAUUCCCCGAAUUUCUUUAAAAAUAAAACAAAAUAAAUUAUGAAGUAUUUUUAAAUAAAAUUAAGAA